CGCCCGCUCUGCCUCCGCCGCCCAAACUUUUCUCCGGGCGCGUCUCCCCGCGGCGGCCGCCUGCCCGCGCGCCCCCGGCCCAUGGGCGCCCCGCCGCAGGGGGCCUGACCCCCGCCGCCAGGUACGCCCGCCGCGCCAUGGCGGCCCGCGAGCCCCUGGCCGCACCUGCGGCCGACGAGCCGGGGGGUCCUGGCGGUCCCCCGCGCAGGAAGAAGUCCCGCUCCGGCGCGUCCGGCCUCCGCCGCGCCUUCAGCUGGCUGCGGGGCAAGCGGCGCAAGAAGAAGGCGGCGGGAGCCGAGGGUGCCGAACCGGCUGCCCCCCGGGCCAAGAAGGCGGACGACAAAGCCAGAAGGGCCAAGGGUAAAGGCCGAGGGUCUGCCAAGGCUGAGAGCGACAAGCGUCUAAGUGCAGGGCCCAGCCAGGGGCCAGGGUCUGUAGUGGAUGAGCAUCAGGACAAUGUCUUCUUCCCCAGUGGCCGACCGCCUCACCUGGAAGAGCUGCACACGCAGGCCCAGGAGGGGCUCCGCUCCCUCCAGCACCAAGAAAGACAGAAACUGAACAAGGCUGCCUGGGACCAUGGAGACACCCAGAGCAUCCAGUCCUCCCGGACGGGGCCGGAUGAAGACAGCAUCUCCUUCUGCAGCCAGACCACUUCCUACACGGCCGAGAGCUCCACGGCAGAGGAUGCUCUCUCCAUCCGCUCUGAGAUGAUCCAGCGCAAAGGGUCCACCUUCCGACCCCAUGACUCAUUUCCCAAAUCAUGUGGAAAGUCAGGACGGCGGCGGCGGGAGCGGCGGAGCACGGUGCUGGGACUGCCACAGCAUGUGCAGAAGGAACUCGGCCUGCGGAAUGAGCGUGAGGCACCAGGUACUCCUCGGCCUCCUGGCCCACGGGAUGCUGUCCGAAUCCCCACGGUGGAUGGCCGCCCGGCAGGCCUGGCCUCAGGGCCAGGGGCCAGGGUGUCCCUGCAGGCGCUGGAGGCAGAGGCAGAAGCCGGUGCCAAGGCAGAGGCCAUGCUGCAGUGCCACAUCGACCGCAUCUACCGGGAUGACACCCUCGUUGGCCGGUCCACGGGUGCCCGGCCCCCGCCACUCACCCGGCCCAUGUCCCUGGCAGUUCCGGGACUGACAGGAGGGGCAGGGCCUCCAGAGCCCCUGAGCCCCGCCAUGUCCAUCUCGCCCCAGGCCACCUACUUGUCGAAGCUGAUCCCCCACGCAGUGCUGCCACCCACAGUGGACGUGGUGGCCCUGGGCCGCUGCAGCCUGCGCACACUGAGCCGCUGCAGCCUGCUCUCAGCCAGCCCGGCCUCCGUCCGCUCGUUUGGCCACUUCUCCUCGGCCUCCAGCCCGCGGCCCCGCAGCCGCCAUCCUUCUUCCUCCAGCGACACCUGGAGCCACUCUCAGUCCUCUGAGACCAUCGUGUCUGACGGCUCUACCCUCUCCUCCAAGGGUGGCUCUGAGGGCCCGCCAGAGGGCUCCGUGGCCAGCAGCAGCGUGGUGCCCCCUCCCCAGGGGGGCAGCGGGAGGGGCUCUCCCAGCGGGGGCAGCACUGCCGAGGCCUCAGACACUGUCAGCAUUCGGAGUGGUGGGCAGUUGUCCGGCCGAAGCGUGUCCCUUCGGAAGCUGAAGCGGCCCCCGCCACCUCCCCGCCGGACCCACUCGCUCCAUCAGCGUGGCUCAGUGGCACCUGAUGGGCCGUUGGGGUUGCCUCCCAAGCCCGAGCGGAAGCAGCAGCCACAGCUGCCCCGGCCCCCCACCACUGGUGGGUCAGAAGGGAUGGGGGCGGCACCCUGUCCAUCCAGCUCAGCAGGCAGCUGGGCACCUGUCCUGUCUCCAGGUGGCUCCCGGCGUCCCCCACGCUCCCCGGAACGGACACUGUCACCCUCCAGUGGAUACUCGAGCCAAAGUGGUACCCCCACCCUCCCUCCCAAGGGUCUAGCAGGGGCCUCUGCUUCCCCAGGCAAGGCCCAACCCCCUAAGCCAGAGCGCGUCACUUCUCUUCGAUCUCCUGGGGCCUCUGUCUCCUCCUCCCUCACGUCUCUGUGUUCUUCCUCCUCUGAUCCAGCCCCCUCGGACCGCUCUGGUCCACACAUGUCAACCACCCUGGGUGACAGGUUUGUCAUACCUCCUCACCCCAAGGUGCCUGCCCCCUUCUCCCCACCUCCUUCAAAGCCCAAGAGCCCUAAGCAAGCUGCCCCUGCUCCGGCUGCCCCUGCUGUGAUCCCCGGGCCCAUUUCCAUCACUGCUGCCAGUCCUGAGUCCCCACCCACUCCCCAGAUAUCCCUGACUCCACCGCAGGCAUCUCUUGUUGCCUCCAAAGACCAAUCACCCCCACCAUCCCCACCCCCAUCUUAUCACCCACCCCCCCCACCCACUAAGAAGCCAGAGGCUGUUGAGGAGGCCCUGUCUGCCCCAGAGACUGCUGAGGAGCCCCUCCAAGAUCCCAACUGGCCCCCACCCCCACCUCCUGCACCAGAGGAGCAGGACCUUUCCAUGGCCGACUUCCCUCCACCUGAGGAGGCCUUCUUCUCUGUGGCUGGCCCUGAGCCUGCAGGCCCUUCCCACCCCCCGGAGCCCUCCUCAGCCGCUGUCUCUAUCCAGAGCCAGCCCUGUGGUACCCCAGACACUCCUCCAGCUCUGCCAGCCCCGCCUGCUGCUGGUUCUGUCACAGGGCUUCUGGCCAAGGUCCCUGGGAGGGAACCAGUGGGCUGCAGCAGGGGUGGGGGGCCUCCCAGGGAGGAUGCCGGUGCCCCCCUGGUCACACCCUCCCUCCUGCAGAUGGUUCGGCUGCGCUCUGUGGGUGCUCCCACGGUGGCUCCAAACCCAGCAUCAGCACCCUUAGCCCCCCAGAAGCCACUACGAAGGGCCCUGUCAGGGCGGGCCAGCCCAACGCCGGCCCCCUCCUCAGGGCUCCACGCUGCUGUUCGACUCAAGGCCUCCAAUCUGGCUGCCAGCGUGGGCCCUGUGAGUGCCCAACCCAAUGGACCACCUGAGGCAGAGCCACGGUCCCCUGCCUCUACGGCCAGCUUCAUCUUCUCCAAGGGCACUAAAAAGCUGCAGUUGGAGCGGCCCCUGUCCCCUGAGACGCAAGCUGACCUCCAGCGGAACCUGGUAGCAGAGCUUCGGAGUAUCUCAGAGCAACGGCCGCCCCAGGCCACAAAGAAGCCACCAAAGGCUCCCCCGCCCGUGGCCCGCAAGCCUUCUGGGGGAGUCCCCCCACCCACCUCUCCCAGCUUCCUUCCGGCUGAGCCCCUCACUGCUCCUCCCACCAAUGGGCUCCCUCACGCCCAGGCCGAAGACAGGACUAAGGAGGAGCUGGCGGAGAAUGGAGGUGUCCCACAGCUGGUGGGCCCAGAAGAGCAGAAGCUGGGCGUACCUGGCUCAGGCCCGCAGAAGGAGCUGGUCUGACCAUCAGGCAUCUCUCUGGCACCACUGACCCAUCCCAGGAACAUAAUCUCAGGGACCUGUGCGGCUCCAGGGAUGAGAGGAUACGGCGGACGCUAAACCUGAUGGGGGGACGCCUGCAGCCUUAACCUCCACGGCCUUCGAUAUUUAUGCAAGCCUGGUGUGGGUCCUGUCCUCCGCGUCAUCCAGCUCUCAUGCCUUUUCCUGAAUGGAUUCACUUCUGGCAGCUGCCGCUUUAGUCUUGGCCUUAGUCUCAUCUUGAAGGAGGUAGGGGGUGGGAGUGAGUGGCUGCGCCCCCUGCUGGCCUCAAGGCCACAGAGUUGGUUACAGAACACCUCACCUGUUUUGUUUUGUUUUUUCCCAUUUUCUUUUUCAUGUCCAAAUCAUGCUCAUGCUGUAGUCCAGAAUCAAAGCACUUUUGAAAAGUAGCUGCAUGUCCAUCCUCCAGGGCCCAUGAAGACACAUUCCAAGGGCCUGUUUACGUGGCAGCAGCAUCAGUCCCCAGCAGCCAGCCCGUGGCUGGGACCAAUCUGUCCCCCUCCUCUGAUCUAGUUUGCUCCUUUUCUUCUUGGAGGUGGGCAAGUCGUAUUCCCGCAGGCUUCUCCAGGCUUGAGGCGGGAGUGGGGCUGUGGAAUUCCAAAGCACAAAAGGUGCAGCGGGGGCUAGCCUUCCUGUGCCUCAACUUAGCACCAACUGCCCUCCUGCCUUCUAGGGUCUGCCAGGUGCUCCACACAGGGGACAGGAAGCGGGAGGCUUCCAGGGCCCAAGGGAGUGAGGGAGAGGGAACCAGAGGGGGGCCCACAGGGGAGCAGAACAGAGUAGGGAGUUAUCUCAUGGGGCACUUGGCUCCACUUGAUCAGGUAGGGGUGGGCCAGCACGACCCUUCAGAGGCAGAAGCCCAUGGGCUGUGGCAAAGCUCGCCUCUCUCAGCUUGACAGGAAGUACUGCAGACAUGGAUGGAGGGGAGGGUCUGGCCGGCAGGAGCUUAUCUGGCCAGCGGGCCCAGACCUGGCCGCAUGGAUUUCAUCCCCCGACCCUCCUUUCCUCUGCUGCUCUGGCGUGUCCUUUCUGCAGCUGCCUUUCAGCACAGGUGGUUCCACUGCGGGGAGCUGAUGCUAAGUGACAGGAUGGGAAGCAAAGGUGCAUUCUAUUCCAGAUCCUUCCUAGUCCGUGUAGGGGCACUCAGCACUCCUAGGGGCCGGCUGGGUAGGCCCCCCUUGAUAGCAGCCCCUGCUAUGCUCCUCCGGGAAUUUUCACCUUUCCUUUUUCAACCUGUGCCACCUAUCUGGGUUAGCUGGUUUCCACACUGGCCCCAGCGGCUCCAUGGGGAUGGUCCUAGGGCCUCCUUCCACCGCAGUGUGGCUGUCACCAGGGCCACCCUCCCUUGGUCCUUGAGGACAACAGUGGCUUGGGCUUAAGACUGGCAAGGAACCUUGCUUUCAGCUGCUUUUCCUCUACCCAGAAGUGAGGCUGACCCCCUCCCAGGACAAAAGCUGGGAACAGGGGAUGUGGGCUGAGAGCUCUCUCUCACCGUCUUCUCCCUGUAGCUAUAACCCCUUUCCUACCUUGCCCUUUGGGUAACGGAGAGCUGCUGUUGGGCGUGUCUUGCUCCUGACCAGUGAGGUGGGGAAAGAGGACAGUCAGGAAGCACUGCUAUGCUCAGAGCUCCUGACUCAACCCCUUGGGGAACCAGGAACAAGGACCAGGCCAAAGCUUACAGGAUGCCAGGCCCUGGCAGCAGCCUCAGAGCUGCUGGAGGUGGGAGGGUGCCCACCUUCUGGAUCUCUGGGCCAGCCCUCCUUGUGGUACUUGAGCUCCUUAUCUUCAGUUAGAAUCCUCUGAGCUGGUUUCCCCACAAGGAGGGUGGGACGGAGUACAAAGGAGAAGGGCGGGUCUCUAAGAGGCAGCCCUUCUUUGGCCUCUGGGGCAGAUGAGCUUGACCUAGUGCACAUGGAGACCAAAAGCCUCUGAUUUUUAAUUUCCAUAAAAAUGUUAGAGAAGUAUGUAUAUAUACAUACAUAUAUAUAUAUUUCUUUAAAUUUCUGAGUCUUUGAUAUGUCUAUAUAAGCAAUUCAUUCUCUCUCCCCUGAAGCUGGAGUGAGACACAUGGAAGAACUCUGUGUGGGUUUCAUUUGAAGGUGUUAAUUAAUUAAAUGAUUAAAACUUG